GCGGCCUCCCGGCAACUUCCGGUGUUGCCGCCAUGUUGUUCUUCACCGCCAGCCCCUGAGGGUCAAGAGACGAGAGGAGGCCGUUGCCGAGUGCGUCGGAACCCCCUGCCGGAUCCGAGAUGCUUUUCCCGCUGGCCAGGAGCGCCCUGGGCCUCACGGCUCGUGGAAUUCAGCGUACUGUGGCAAGAAAAGCUCAUCACAAACAUGGACCUGAUUUUCAUGACCAAUAUGGCAAUAUUAUUCUGCUCAGUGGAACUGUGUUUUGUGUCUCCGUAUGGACUUAUGUUGUAACACAAACUGGGAUUGAGUGGAAUCUCUCUCCUGUUGGCAGGGUCACCCCAAAAGAAUGGAGAGAGGAAUAGAGAUGUCAUAAGCCUUCCUCUGAAAAGUUGGCAGCAACAGUUAACUGGUCUGAACUUUCAUUGAAAUGUACCUAUGCCAUGUGUGUAAUGGCAUUGUUCACUGUAUCUGUGAUAUAAUAAAUUUAUUUAAAAUGA